AUGCCAUUUAAAUGGUUUCAUUUAUAUGGAAUUCCUUUAAGUGAACGUCCAAAUAACUUUGAUCAAAUAAUAGCUGGGAGAGUUAAAUAAAUAGAAGGUUCCGCUUAUUUUGGUAGAGUUUUAUUAUCUUUAUCUUUAUCUCCUAAUGAAAAUGCAUAAAGCGAAGUCCAACCAUUAGCUGUUUAUAAAGAACCUCCUUUAUUAAAGUAUGUUUUAAGAGUUGACACAUAUGAAUUAUAAAGCUAAUUUGAUUGUGGAGACUAUAUAAUAAUAGAAAUUUCUUUAAAUGGAAAGGUACUUAGAAGUAAUGCUUGCCAAAGGAAAAAAUUAAAAAAUGAGAAUAAAACAGAUAAAUAAAAAUCAAAUAAUGAAUAAAUAAUAAUUGUAAAUUAAUAUGAAUGGAAAGAAUCUAAAAUAAAAACAAAAGAAGAUUUGUUAAUAGAUUUAACAUAUGAUACUGAAUAACAUCCUGAUUUAAUAAUUUCUUUAUAUUCGACUUAAGUAAUAAAAAAAAUAGUUUAAAAAGAUAAAGAAUAAAGAUUAGCAUACUUAAGGGUCAAACUUAAUUCUCCUGAUUUAGAAAAUGAAUAUCCUAAAUGGUAUACUCUCAAACCAAUAAAAUAUUCUUCCUUUUCCGAAGUUCAUUCUCAUGUUUUGCUUAAUUUGGAAUUAAAAACUGAGCAAAUAGCUAAACAAAAAUCACGGCAUGACAUAAAAAGAAAAAUAAAAGUUUAAUAUAUUUUCAAAGCAUACAUUUAUGGAGCUUAUGAUUUAUGCCCAAAAGAAUUUCAAGAAAGCAUUGAAUGUGAAGUAUAUUUACAAUUAGGAGCUUAUCAAAAGCCUAUUUUGAAAGGAAAAAAAGGUAAAAAUGUUAUAUGGAACAUCAAAUUGUAAGAAGAAAUGUAACUAGAUGAAAAAUUAGAAUUUUCAUCAAAUAUAAUUUUGUCUUUUGCAAAUCUUUAAGCGAAAGGAAUUUUAGGAUCUGAUUAUUUAGCUGAUAAAUCUAUAGGAUAAUGCAUUAUUAGGGCAUCUAAUUGUGAAAUAAAAUUAAAUAAAAAUAGUGAAAUAGAAUCUUUAGAUGUUUUACCAGAAUACCAGUUUUAUCACAUAAUCAAAAAUGGAAUCAGUAAUGGAAGAAUACUUGCUUGCUUUUAGCUUAUUAGAAAGGAAUAAUAAACUAUAAAGUAUAUGAAUAAUGAAAAUAUAGGCAAAAUACUAGACGACAAUUAAUUUUAUUUAACUUAAAUUUAAUUGCCUGUAAUAGGAAUCAGAAAUUUACCUAUACCAUUAAAAGAUCCUGUUAUGUAUUUUCGUAUUGCUUAGCCAGAUGUUAAAUUUUGUUUGUAAAAGAAAUAAAGAUAAGAAAAAAAAGCAAAAAAUGAAUAUUAUUAUGAAACGAUGAUAGAAAUAAUAGAAAACCAAGUUCAAGAUAAUUAAGAAACGACAAUGACAAAUAAAUAUUAUAAAAAUCCUAAUUUCUGUUAUUAAAUAAAAAAUAAAAUUUCAGAACCUAUAAAAAUACCUAAAGAUGUUAGAUUUCUACCUUAAAUAGAAAUCGAAAUAAGAGAAAAAGAUUUAAAAUCAAAUAAUGUAAGAUAUAUUACAAUGAUUAAUAUAAUUUAAUAUAUUCCUUGGGUAAAUGAUAGGUUAUAUUAUAGUAAUGUAAUGGAAUAUUUUGAGUUUAUAAAGUCUAAUUUCUCUAUUUAAAAUUAAGAAGAUUAAUUAUUUUUAUAAAAAAAGACAAAAGAAUUUAAUUAAAAAAAAGUUAAUUUUACUAUUACUGAUUAAGAUAUUUUUACUGAGAACGUUGUUAAUUAAAUUGAAAACUAUGCGAAUGAAAGCCUUUUGAAAACUUCUUCAAAUCAAAAUGAUGUUAAUAUAAAAACGAAUCAAAUAUUGAAUGAAAUUAAUAAAAAUACUGAAAAUUUUAAUGACAGAGAAAAUAAUUAAAACUUAGAUGAGAAUUAAUCUGACAUGAAUAUAUAAAACGAAAAUAUAUAAAUAAAAUUAGAUUAAUCUUAAAGAAAUUCAAUAUUAAAGAAUUAGAAUAAUAGCAUAACACAAGAUAAUGAUUAUAUUUCUAUAUAUGAUAGAAUUUAAAUUUUUAAAAACUCUGAGUUUUAUAAAGCUAUUGAGUUUUAUAAGGUAUACAUUUUUUAUAAAAAAAAAAAUUAUUUUAUUAUUUAUGAAGAGAAUUACGAUUAUGGAAGAGAAAUUUAAAAAUAACCGAUGUAAGAAAUAUUAGAAAAAAAAAUACCUUAUAAAAAAUAUGAAUUGUACAAAAUUGGAUAAACAACUGUAAAAAUAAUAAUAUUAAUAAUAUUAAAAAAAAAAUUAAAAAAGCCUUUUUAAUAUAUUGGUAUACCUACAUAAGCAGUUUUAAAAGCCCAUUUAAAGAUAUUUAUUUUAAGUCAAGAAUAAGUAAACUAAGAAAAAACGUCAAGAAGAAUAACAAAAAAAUCAAAUGAAAACUCAAUUUUAUCUUUAGGAACAGUAAAAAAUAAAAAUAUAAUCAUAAUUAAAAAUAUAUAGAAUUCAAGCUCAAAAUCAAUAUAAAAGUCAGUACAAAAUUCGAAUUAAUGUUUAAUGAAAUACAAAAUUGAAGACGAUGACUAAAAUUACUCUUUCAAUAUUUUCAAUUAAUCAUUUUUAAAUUUUUUUAAAGAACCUUAUCCUCUAAAAAUUCGUGUAUAUAUCCUCCGUUGUCUAAAUUUAAGUGCCUAAUCUUAGAAUCUUUAAGCUUACCACCUUUUAGCAGGUAUGAAUGCUGUAUGUUCAGCUUCUUCUUUUCCCAAAAUAUAAGUUGGAACAGGAAAAGAUGAAUAUGGACGAACAGAUUUAAUAAAAUUAAUAAUUGAUGAUCAAAACGUUUAAAAGGACACAUUAAAUCCUCAAUUUUUUAAAAUGUAUUAAUUAGAUGCCUAAUUGCCUGAAGAUUGGAAUUUGAUAAUUUCUAUUGUGAACAAAGGAUAAGUACUUGAUUCUUUAAUAGGAGAAUACGAAAUCGAUUUAGAAGACAGAAUAUUUGGAAUAAGCGAAUUAAGGAAAAAUGUAGCAUAUGAAAUUUAUAAGCAAUAUUAUACAGAAUAAUUGGAAAAAAAUAAAUAUAAUUACGACCACACAUUUAAUAAUAAAAAAAGAAGUUACGAGCAAAAAAUUACCGAACUUUCCAAUUUAAUUGAAAGUUUUAAUAGAAACUUAAAAAUUCCAGUUGAAUACAUAGAACUUAAACAUCCUUAAGAAAAUACAUGUUAAGGGACUAUGGAAUUAUUUAUUGAACCUUUUCCUACUGAUAUUGCACGUAUAAUUCCUUAAAGUAAUAUAUAAAAACCUUCUCCUUAAGAGUUUGAAAUAAGAUUAAUUGUUUGGGAAGUUUUUAAUAUUGUAUUACCUGAAGGAAAGAAAUCAAUUAAUAUGUACGUAUCAGUAUCUUUGGAUAAAAAUGCUAAUAUAAAUUAAGAAGAAGUUACUAAAUAAACAGAUAAUCAUAAUGGUUCUGAAAAUGGGAAUGGCGUGUAUAAUUAUAGAAUGAAAUUCCCUCUUUGUAUACCUUGUAUUUUUCCUAGAUUAAGGAUAUAAGUUUUUGAAUUUUCGACUAUUGGAGCCGAUGAAAAUUUAGGAGAAACUGUAAUUACGUUAAAAAAUAUAAUUAAAAAAUUGCAAAUCAACGGAAGCUUUGAAUUAGCCACUUCUAAAUAUUUACUUGAGCAUCCUAAAUUUCCAGAUUAGUACAGAGGAGAUAUAUCGUUAUCAAUGAGUAUAAUUUCUAAAUAAUUAGCUGAAUCAUAACCUGUAGGAGAAGCCUAAGAAGAUCCUAAUGAAAACCCGUUUUUAGAAAAACCUAAAGAAGGUAGAGGAAUAAACAAUUUUUUAAAAGGUUCAUCUUUUGAUUUUUCUGGAUGGGGGCUCGGAAUUCUUAAAUAUGUAAAAUGUUUAGCUAUUUUAGCUGUUGUUGUUUGUAUUAUUAUAAUAUUGUUUAUUUAACCUGGUAUUAUGGUUAAAAGUAAAUGA